AGCAUGUCGCAUUUUUGCGGCAGUAUUUUGUCAGCUUGCGACUUCUUUCGUCAUUUGCGCUUUUGAUUUGCUAUUUAGGUCGAAGAGGAACGAUACAGGUUGCUCAGUUGGACUCUUGCUCUCGCGGAGCGGUGUGCGUGGCUGGCUGAUUAAUCCGUUCUGUUCUCGUGUAGUAGGAUCGUAGCAUUGGGUUUGUUGAAGUAAGUCUAGCUCAAGUAGUUCGCCGCGGCUCUCGUGAGCAGUGGUAUAGCUCGGUAGCCAGAGAAAUCGUUCUUGCACGGCGGAAGGUCUGCUAAACGCCUUGUGGACCCCCUCCGCCUCGGCGAUUGCUCUAGAAAAGUCCUUUUCAAUUGAACCGCCAUUAUAAAUAAAUUGCUCCCCGUUAGUGGAGGUGGUCCCUGGCUGAUAGCUCUGCAAAGUAGCAAUCAUCAACCGACUUGCGAAUAUCCGGAAUGAGUAUAAACGUGAAUUUGCCGUUUUGUCCUCCAGUCAUCAAGCGACUCACUAGCCAUGUGAAAGAAGGUAGUGGACAAGAUGAUCAGCCAACGGACAAAGACUGGAUCGACAAAGCGGUUCGCUCGCUUGUGAAAAAACUCAAGCGGAGCGGUCAGACAGCUGAGUUAGAGCGUGCGCUAACGUCGCAAGGCAGUCGGACUGGCUGCGUGUACAUCCCUCGAUCACUGGACGGACGCUUGCAGAUCGCGCAUCGCAAGGGCUUGCCUCAUGUCAUCUACUGCAGGCUAUUCCGCUGGCCGUCUCUGCAGACUCACCACGAGCUGAAGGCUGUGGACUGGUGUGAGUUCGCCUUCAACCUGAAAAAGGACGAUGUUUGCGUCAACCCGUAUCAUUACGAGCGCGUGGAAGCUCCAACAUUACCUCCCGUGAUCAUCUCACGCAAUGCCCAGGGCGAUGUCGACUCUAGGCAGCUGGCUGAGUUCAACUCGACCGCGGCCAUGGGCCUGGCCAUGGACGAGACUGAAAUCCCGGAGAACCAGUCGACGGACUACUCUGGCGAUAUGGCCGGUUCUUGCUUCAGCCCAACGGGCUCGGCAGUUACCAGUGGGUACGCUACGUCUAUUCCCCCAGAGACACCGCCACCAGGGUACCACCCGGAUGAAGAUCUGAAAUCACCUAUCAGUGUAACGGGCAGCACUGCCAGUGUCUACGCAGGCAGCGCAGGUCCAGGAUCUCCUUUUGGAAGUGGCGGCAGUGUGGCGUCUUUUCCUCAGGGAGGCCCCAGAUCUGCUGCUAGCUCAACGGAUGGCUUCAGAUCCAGUCCUUUGCCGUAUACCCCAAGAGCAGUAGACUCUGACGAAACCACUAGUAUCCACUACCAAGAUUCGCCGCACUGGUGCGAGAUCCGCUAUUACGAGAUGGCCCAGAGAGUUGGACACAUCUUUGCCGCAACGAUACCGUCCAUCACCGUGAACGGUUUCACGCAAGACACAGCGAAAGACAUGUUCACCCUCGGCCUGUGCACGAACCCAAAUCGCACCACUGACGCGGAAAACGUACGACGGCACAUCAAGCGUGGCGUACGCCUCACCUACAUCGGCGGAGAAGUGUUUGCAGAAUGCAUUUCCGACAGUCCCAUCUUCAUCCAGUCGGCGUCAUCCAAUGCCCGCUACAAGUGGAACAAGACAACUGUCUGCAAAGUGCCGCCAGGCUGUCAUCUGAAAAUCUUCAACAAUGAAGAGUUUGCAGCAGCGCUGCGUGAUGCUGUAUCCAAGGGUGUACAAUCAGUACAUGAACUGCUGAGGCUGGUAAAUAUUCGCAUCAGCUUCAUCAAAGGCUGGGGUGUGGUUUACUCUCGCAAAAAGGCCACCCAGUGUCCAUGUUGGAUAGAGAUUCAGCUGACUGGUCCACUGCAGUGGCUGGACAAGGUCAUGGUCAAGAUGAGCGCCUUGCCACCGGGUAGUUCCAGAACCUGAGUUCAGAAGCAGACUUAUCAGCCCGCACGCAUGUACACACACACACACACACACACAUACACACACACACACACACACACACACACACACACAACCGUUCUAUCGAAAAUAUGAAGUCAUGUUGCGUUCCGCUCUCCAUCGCUGUCUAGCUGUAGUAUCCUGAUGUUGGCUAGCAGGACUUGAGAGAUGUUUAGACCAUUUUGUUCAGCUCUACGCCCCCCCCCCCCCCCCCCCCCCGCAACCCUACCCCUACUAUACCUGCCCAUGGUACCAUCAUAUCGGCUUGCUGCUGUACCAGUGCCGGGUCAGUCACUAAGACAUUGUGGAAGACUGAUGUAAACUAAUCCUAUUACCACUACUUACUCAAUACCUUUUUAGCGUGCUUUCAUUGCAUGUGCGUGGCGUGGCCAUGAAGCUGCAAGCACGUCCCUAGGGUGAUCCAUGUGCUUUGCGUAACGAUUUCUCAUUAUUUGAAGCUAGCAGCAAGCUACGCAUUUGCUCCUCUCAGGCGCUUUAUCAGGCUCACUAGGUAGGUAGAUGCUCUUGUUUUGGGCGUCGCGCCGCUGCACUUGAAAAUGAGUCGGCGUAAUGCUCCAUUCAGUCCACCCCCCCCCCCCUCCCACACACACACACACACACACUCCCAAUUCCAGCCAUUUGCCAAGUAGGCAGUUCAGCAUAUCCAUUUCCGCCUGUCACCCUCAUUCAGAAGUGGCAAAUCUUCGUGCCGGGUUGCAACUUGUGUGUGUGCACUGUACUCAAGCGUGUUUCUUUCCCCGCGUAAACUUCACUUGUCAAAUUCCCAAGCAUAAGCCGUUUGCGCGACAUAAUAAUUAUUAUCCCAUUUUCCUUAGGUUACUGCAACUGCCAGCUCCACCAGCUAUAUUAAUUUCGCCAUGGCUCAAGUGCCAAUUCCCUAUUUCUGUUAAUACUGUGUGUAUGUGCUCCUAUUCCAGUUUGUGUGUUCGUGGUGUUCUUCAUUCUACGCUAUCUUCAGCAAAGAAAAAGUGUCCUCCAGUG